GUCAAAGAAAUCGUUUUGUGUUGUAUGAUAUUUGGGGCUCGGGCGUUGUAAAAUUUAAAAUACAAUAUUGUUGGGAAUGUAUUGUAAUUCACGAAAAUUAUAAGUAUUGCUCGACUUUAGAGUGCACACCAUGAGUUUACAGUGAUUGUUAUUUUCCUGCAUAAAAUGCUUUAGACAAAAGGAAAGUCAACAUAGUCCAGAUCUGAGUUCCGAAUAAAAUAUUGAAAUUGCAUAAAAAUAAUACGUUAUGCCGGAGCAAAGCAAUGAUUAUCGAGUUGUAGUUUUUGGUGCCGGUGGCGUUGGAAAAAGUUCCCUUGUGUUGCGGUUUGUCAAAGGCACAUUUAGAGAGUCAUAUAUACCAACAAUCGAAGAUACCUACAGACAAGUAAUAAGCAGUAAUAAAACUAUUUGCACACUACAAAUUACCGAUACAACAGGAUCUCAUCAGUUUCCCGCUAUGCAGAGGUUAUCUAUAAGCAAGGGUCACGCAUUCAUACUUGUUUAUUCAGUAAGCAGUCGACAAUCACUGGAAGAGCUAAAGCCAAUAUGGCAAACGAUAAAAGAAAUAAAAGGCACAGAGUUACCUAAUAUACCAGUAAUGUUGGCGGGGAAUAAAUGUGACGAGAGUCCUGAGAUACGUGAGGUAUCAGCGGCAGAAGGUCAGGCGCAGGCGCAAGCUUGGGGUGUAUCUUUCAUGGAGACAUCGGCAAAGACCAAUCACAACGUAACGCAACUAUUUCAAGAAUUAUUGAAUAUGGAAAAGAACAGAAAUGUAUCAUUGCAAGUUGAUGGCAAAGGGAAGAAAAAAAAAGACAAAGUGGUGAAAGACGGAGGUGAAGCAUCGGCGAGUGGCAGGGAGAAAUGUCUUGUUAUGUAAUAUGAUCAAUCAUUAUUCAUCAACCCACCGACUUUUAAAUAUUACUAACACAGUAAUUUUACUUCUAGUCAUUAAUAAUACCCAGGAACGUUGAGCACGGAUUUAGUCUUAAGUAUUAUUCGCAUUUAAAUAAUAGUGUAGUAUUAUUGCCUUCUGAUAAAUAUUUAUUUCCAUUAUAUAUGGUGGAGCUUGAAGUUCAUCAAGUGCAUAUUUUGCUAUUAUUUUGUUAUUUACACUAGUUACAUAAUUGAUAAUAAUGACUGAUGUGACAAUGAUGUGAAGAAUUAUUCCGAUAAUAUUGUUAGUGCGAAAAUACAACGAAUUCAAGUCUUUAGGACUUAACUGUUAUUCAAUUAUAUGCUGAUAAGUAAUAAACAAUAUAGUUUGAAAGUUGCAAGUUGCGUUACAAAUUAAUACUUAAAACAGGUGUAAUAUACGCAUUAGCUCAUUACUCAGGCCGUGACAACUAUAGGUCAAAUUAUUCUAGAGAAAGUACGUAACUAGUCAUCAAUACCUGUUUCUAGUAAUAUGAAUCAAUCAUGAUUGCCUUAGAUUGGACGAACUAAAGCAGUUUAACAUAUAAUUCUAUGACACUGGCAUAACUACUUUUUAUUAUAAAAAUAAUGAUGAUAAUUGUUGACGUCAUUCGGUCUUAUCCUUAUAAUUAGGGUCGACAGUCGACAUUUUUCUGACGGAAUAUGUGUCGGUCCAAAUGGUCACGGAACGUCAUAAUAGGCACACCUUUAUAUUACUUGACAUUUAAACUUACACACUACACUGGACGUUCUGUAGCGUAUUUAUUAACCAUGCUUCCGUGAGACGGUUGACAGAUCUUUCGUCGGAUAUGUGGCGACCCUUAUACUCGGAUUCUGAAUUGAGAAUUUAAAGUUAAGCACCUCUCAAACUGUGUUUAAAUGUCACAUACACAGGCUUUCGUUUCUGAUUUUAGUUUUUUAAUGAUAAAUUAAUAGCAGUUUGAUAAAAUUAAUGUUUUAUGCCACGUGAAACGUAAAAACUUAGGUUAUUAAGAUUAAUUAGCUGAGAUUUUCUACUCAAUUCAGAUACCAGCCGUUAAUUUCAAAUCUUCCGAUCAAUCGGCGCUAGAUUUUAUGACAUUAUUAUUAACUUACAGCCUCACAGUUAACGAUGAAUUUCUUCUAAUGAUUUGUAUAUUUUACUAAAUCCCAUAAAUGAAUAAUAUCUGUCGUCUAGUACUCGCGUCUUUAUAAGAUUAAUUUUUGGUCGCUAUCCAGUAGCUUAAUGCAAUUUAUUUGAUGAAAUGUUUUCCUUGGCGUAGUGCCCAAGGACUAGCCCGAGGAAUAGGUCUGAGGAGUCAAUGUGUCUAGGUCAUAAAAGUGUAAGGUUACAAGUGAGGAAACUGCUUUAGUAACCCAUAGGCGCACGAUUAAUGACAUGCCAUAAUUCAGAAUAUUAAUCAAAAAAUGUUUCUUUAUAAUGAUUGUGUUUAUCGGCAACUAUCGUAUUAAAAUAUAUAAUGCCAAAGCAAGAACAUUUAUGUGCCAAAUUAUAGGACGAGUGGUGUAGUGCUAUGCUAGCUAAGACCAAUUAUAAAAUCCCUAAAGAAGAAAAAGUGCAAAUAUCCAAUUCGCUAAAGUAGGCACAAUACUAAGUUCUGCGACCAAACGUGCUAACUGCUACAUAUGUGUUUCACGCAUUGUCUUAGGACUAGCGCUACAUUUUGCAACUGCCGAUAUUAAAUAUAUUGCGGUAACGUGUUUUACUGCUGUAUGUAUAAGAAUUCAUAGUGGAAAAGAGAUAUAAUACAUACAGAACACAAGCAGCAUAGAGAUUGUCUAUCACACAGACUAAUUACUAUUUAAACUUUACACAUAUCAUUACAGCGGCUACAUAACUAAUAGGUAGGUAUAUUACGCCUAAUAUGCACACUUUUG